UGACAUCGGUUUUUCGCGUUGAGUAAAUUUGUCACUGCUGCAUUGCAUACUUGUGAAGUAAGGAGAGCUGCGCUACGCGCUCAUUGUAAUAGCUGGAUUAAGGCUAAUGGUAGAAUGUUUACAAGUAGAAUUGUCUGAGUUUCUUUGAUAGACAAGUGGGAUUAGGCAGUGUUGAUCAUUUUUUUUACGACCUUUUAAAUAUUUGGACCAUCCACAUGUUUAAGCUGUUCAGUAAUUUCAGUUUAAUUAUCUAGUUAAGAAUAUGAGUCAAGAAAAUCCACGUCACGUAACAAUUAAUUUACAUCCUAAACACAGAGCUGUUUUUGUUCACGGAUAUGGAGGGUCAUCUAAAAAUGCUGAAGAUCAAGCACAUACCCUCAGCACUUACGUUUAUAGCCAUUCGCCUCUUGAUUCUUCGAAGAUAACCGUCGUGCUUAAUAAAGCAAAGACUUUCCAUGAUUCUUGCGCUAAAGCAACCAAUUGUCUAUUAGGUUGUAUAUGGGAAAUUGGAAGUCGCUUGCAACGUUCAGGUAGCAACUGUGAUGAAUGUGUUGAGCUGGUGGUGUUUUGCCACAGUAAUGGUGCAAAACCGGUUCAGAAGGCUCUAGCUCCUGACUUUCUUACAGAAUUAUGCAAUGUUUUGGAUAUACCCCAAAUGGAAAUAGCCAGCUUUAUGGGAAGUAUUAGAAAGAAAAUUGUUGUUAUCUCGUUUGGAGGAGUGUGUUACAUUUCUGACGACUAUGCUAAGGUGGUCAUGAAUUUUUGUUCAACGAACGACAAUUUCAGCAAAUUUUGUCAUUAUCUGAAAGUUGGAGAUCAACCGAAAGAUGGCGAGACUGAUCGGAAAAUUUAUGUAAGAGAUCCUGCAACACCCUCGGAAAUAAAGGAGGUUCCUGCUGGAAUAUUGGGAUCAAUCACAGCAGUUGGUUGUAUUUCGAGGGCCGGCGUUGACUUAGCUGCCAAAUCAUCUGGAACAUCGGAUGCACUAAGACAUCCACACUAUCUAGAAAACAUUCUGAAGAAUAGAGGAAUGAUCAUGUAUAUAAGAGAAGUUCUUGGACUAAGUGAGAGAUCAAAUUAAAAUGCUGCAAUGACAACUGCUGACCUUUAAAAAAUGUGCUUCAAAGUAACUCAUCAACACAAAAUUUUAUUAAAAACUUUGAAAUUGAAUACUCUGUGAUUUCAUGUGGCAUGUACCAACUGCUACCAAUUGUGUUUGGGAUUCAUCUGCUUUCAUUCUUGACUGUUGUAUUGUGACACUAUAUAUAUAUUUUUGCUUGUGUUCAUACACCGCAAACAGUUGAAUCCGUGUAUAUCCGUCCGUAAAACUUAAUGAUGAAAGAAUAUAUCAACACAGUCGCAAUGGAUCGCUGAUCGAACUAAGGACACGGCAUAAAAACUCACAGCCAUACUUGUAUAAAUAAUAUUAAAUGGCUUCGUAUUUACAUCACUUGAAUGAAAAUAUAUUGAGUUGGUUGUAAAAAGGGAUGACACUUUUGGAUUUACGAAUCGAAUCACAUAUUUUCCGAAUGUCGUCUUACUUUAGCUCCAGCGACCAUGUUUGAUUGAGAUUUAGCGUCAACCAAUUAUCGCUCGUCAGCGCCGGGUUCCUUUACGCAUGUGGACUUUCUGAAUUACGAAAUUAAACGUAGUCCAAGAUAAUAAUAAAGCCCGAGUUUGCCAAUCACGCUGUUAGCCACAAAAUAUUUGCGUCUUCAACAUUUAUGAAAAAAAAUUUUCGCAGUCGUAGUCGGUUGAACGAUUUUUUUUUUCGAAUUUAAUUUAACUGUGGUUAAUUUUAUUGUCUUCAAGCAUAUUCUUGCAAGCAUUUCCCAUUUAUAGUAAUUCAGAUGCAAUUAGAAUGUCUAUGCUGCUAGCAUAAAUAUUUGCCAAAUAACUCCCUGUUUAGCAUGUUCUACCGCGAUAAUGAGCCUAUAAAGUACAGAAAUAGCGAAAUACGGAUCUGUGUUUUGGUGUAGUUCUCCUUCAUGUGUUUUCUCAAAUCAUUGAUUAUGUAAAAAAUUAUACUAAUAUUUUGGAGAUAAAAAAUCUGUAAUAAGGCCGAUCUUAAUUCAAUAUAACAAGAAUACGGGUGUGGGCUUUUUGGACACUGUAGUGGACAUAACGAUCGUUUCAACAUUAUGUUGUUGUUAUUGUUCUUCUUCGUCACCACCAUUAUAAAAUCGCCUUCCUCUUCGGAUACUGGACCAAUUGCUUUGAAAUUUCCAGUAGUUAAAGUUUGAUUUUUUUUCCAGAAGGCUAUUACUUUCAUUUAUUCCUAAAUUUUCUAUGAAU